AUGCGCGUAACCCAUACACGAUCUACCGAUGGCUGCGUGAACUGCUUUAAGCGGCACAAAAAGUGCGACCAGAAGUUGCCAGUCUGUACAGACUGUCUGCGACUACGUACAGAGUGUGUGCCACGUAAGAAGGAUGACAAUCGCAAGGUUCAUCGCGACAUCAAAGACUCUCCAUCAUCGCAGGUCUCACCGCAGUUCUCGUCUCCGGAAGCUACACAACAAAGACAUGUACCGCCCAUCGAAUCAAGAAGUCCAAAUUUCAAUGACUGGAUCGCGCUUGUCGACGAAGACGAGUCCGCAAAUCGUGCUAGCAGACCAAAUCUCAGUCACAGUAGCGCACUGAUAUACGUCCCUGAGUUGUACAAAGGCCAAUCUUUGACCGACGCCACGUCUUCGCGUCAGAUCAACGCGCUCAGUAAAUACACAGGUUUCGCGGCAGAUUCGGUGCGAGAUUGGAGUGUCGGCGACAGGCAUCUUCUGAACCACUUUCUUCAGGCCAUAUCGCGCGCACUCGUGGUCGGCGGCGACGACAUGAAUCCUUACCUCCGGUAUAUCGCUCCGAUGGCGUUCCGUUCGACCGCGGUGCGUCACGCGCUCCUGACGCUGAGCGCUUCGCAUCUAAGUAGGGUUUAUCCGGAUUUUGAGAAUGAUCUGCUCUAUCAUCGUAGCAUGGUUUUCGACCAGCUCAAGCUCGAACUCGAGCGUAAUGGCAACACUGUGCACAUUUUAGCGACUGCACUGCUGCUCUGCUUAUUGGAGAUAUGUGAAGGUCGCUCUAGGAAGUGGUUACUUCAUCUGCGGGGCUCACAAGUGCUUGCGUCGCAAUUGCCGGAGACUGAUCGCGAACCAGCAGCGAUGUUUCUGGCAGACCUGUGCCGCUACUUGUGCUGUGUCACAUCUGUGACGUCUCAUUUGGUCCCUCUACCCCGUUCCGGCCUCGAUCGUGAACGCGGGUUUGAUCUCGGAUCUCCAACAACUGAGCUUCACCCAUUAUUUGGUGUCUGCGAUGCAUUUUACGACGUGGUUGCCCUCAUCAGCAAGCUAAGAAGAGAGAAGCGAGCGCGAGAAGGGCGUUCAGAUCCGACAGCCUCUCAAGACAUGGACACGCUCAUGCGAGCCCUGGAUGGAUGGAGCCCGCCAGACACUAUAGGUCGAAGCAACGAGUUCGGAGAAGCUGUAGCAGGAGCGAUUUGUAUGAAGUGGGCCGCCAUUCUGUACGCACGCUGGACGUUGCUCGGGGAGCAGACAACAACAAGCGACCAAAUCCAGACAGCUACACGAAGCAUCUUAUCUGAGCUGUCACUCAUCCGGCCUGGAUCCCAUAUCUGCACGCAUCUCCUCUUUCCGCUAAUGAUGGCUGGUCUGGGAAGCUUCUCCAAGGGAGAUAGAUUGACCGUCGAAUACAGACUGAAUCUCGUCGAGGGGCUCCUCGGCUUUGGCAACAUAACCGUGCUCCACAAGCUUCUGGAUGAGGUCUGGACCAGGGCAAACAGGUUGGAGAAGGUUGAUUGGGAGUAUUUGCUGGAAACGACCUAUCCCAGCUUGGCACUGAUAUGA